AUGGAGCUGAGCAGGAGGAAAGUGCCUCUAUAUGGCCAGGCAAAGGUAUUUGCACUGGUCGAGGGUUUAGACUCUUUGCCAGAGGAUGCUGAGGUCUACGUUGUUCUGGAAGGAUCCACGCUGGUCCAUGUCACCAGGGCUCGGAGUGAUAUCAUGCUCUGCUUUAUUGUGCCUGGACAUAACCUUGCUGAGAUGGUGUCUGUCCAGGCUUACCUGUGCUCUGAAACCACACCCCUCACCUGGGUGGGAGGAGCUAUAUUGGAGUAUGUCCAAGAUGAUGCUCAGGACCUGGCAGAGCAUCUGGUAAUCCAUGGACAUUGUCUAAACUCAACGGAUCAUAUGGAACUGAGCAGCCUCUUCAACCUGGGCCAGGAGAGCUCUCGCUGGGCCAUGGAUCGUCGCGUGGCCCUGGCCAUGGCCAACCUGGAUAUUCCUCAAAACUGGAAUGUGUUGGGGAGCCACAGUGGAGACGAGCACAGUCCAAGAGAGUCUACCCUCCAUCUGGCUGUGCGAUGGGGUCUGUGUAGGCUGGCGGAGCUGCUGCUUUGCCAACCGGGGGGUCUCAUGGCUGUCAGUCUUCCAAAUGAAGAGGGAGUCACACCGCUGCAGCUGGCACAGGCAGCAGGCAACACAGAGCUCCUGGAGCUGCUCAUACAUCCACCCAACCCUUUAGCCACGCCUCCUGCAGGUCUGUCUCAGGUGUGGGCGGACCGGUCUCGCUUGCUGAGGUUCUGCCAUGAUAUGGGGAACCUGACCCUGACUGUCCGACAAAACCUGAGGUGGAGCUCAGAGGAGAGCCGACACGCUGACAUCCUGCUUCUCAGAGACAGGCUUAGAGAUGAGGACUUCCUCAGAGAGAUCAAAGCACUAAGGAGGGAACAGGUAGAGACCAUCUUCGGGAAGGAACAACUAGUGGAUCAUCCUGCAGAGAACGGACUGUAUCCUGAUAUCAAUGGAGAAACUUCAGCUGCAGAAGAAAAUGACUACGAGGAGCCGCUGAUGUUUUGUCUGAAUGAGGAGGACCAAGUGGACGAGCCAUCGCAGUCUGACUCUGAGAAAAGUCAGUCCAUAAGGGAGAGCCAGGCCUCGUCCCCGACUCUGGCUGCAGCUGCCAGACUGUCAGCAAUGAUCCAUGGCAAAGACAGAGUGUACGCCAACGCCAUGCUAGUGGACCAGGUAGAUGACGCUGACAUUAAAUACCGCUCUCCGGGGGAGAAGGAGGUGAGCCCUGUGCCACAUGUUGGCAGCCCGUGCUGGGACUUUUUCUCCAUGACACCCCAUAACUCUGGGAGCUGGCCCAAGAACCGGUACCCACCGUCGCCCCAUUCUGGGGAGAGGGGCAUUCAAGGCCCAGAGAAUCACAGGGAGCCAUCCCCUCAUGUCUCCCCUUCUCCUUCCUCUCCUUUUACUUCCUCUCCAACUUUUCCUUCCUCCCCCCUGGCUUCCGCCUUCCGUUUGCUCGAGGGAGGACAGAGGCGACAGACGCAGCCCUGCCUUCCAGUCUCUCCUGCGUUGAUGCGAGGAUGCAGCUUGCCAGUGGCGACGCGGGGCCUAAGUCCUAGUCUUGAGUGUGACAGUGGAGAAGAAGACAUACUGGGACAUUCCUACCCCUGCUCAUCUUUAAAACAGCAGUCCAUGCUGCGCUCCAUCUCAGGAGAAGAGAGGGACUCUUUCGACACUUCCCCGGACUUAAACCGCACACACUCGGACAGCACGCACAAGCCCACCAAGAACCCUGAGGAAGCCGAGGUCCGUCUGCGCUCCUACUCCUACUCCUCUCCAAAGGCAAAGCCGUCACGCCCGCUGCUAAACCGAGAUGCAACCAUCACUGACCUGGCAGAAGAUGGUGCGUUCAACAGCAGCGGCCGCUCUCUACUUCAAGCUUUAUCUCUCUCUAAAUCCCUCUCUCGUCUCAGCCAAGUUAAGCAGAGAGCAUUCAGCCUGACUGAGACUCCCAGAGAAAAGAGGGUUUUGGGUUUCCGUAAGCGGGCCCAGUCAGCAGAAGAGGAGAGCAGUGCAUCAAUCCAACACCUCACCCUCACAGAGUUCCUCAAAGAGAUCGAGGAUGAGGAGUGGGAUAAAUAUAUAAUCCCAUCUAAGGUCGAGUCAGAGAAGUACAAAGUCAGCCGAACCUUCAGCUUCCUAAAGAACAGGAUGUCCAGCACUCGUAACAAAACUAAGGUGAAGGGGAAAGAGGUGAAAGAGGGAAAGGAGAAGACAGGAGCCGCUAAUGGACACCAGUUUGUACCUGUGUCUCCAUCUGGUCCUGCUCUCUGUGUGGCCUGUGAUAAGUCUAUUUCUGGGAAGGAGCUAUUGCAGUGCUCCAACUGUUGCCUGAAUGUCCAUAAGAACUGUCGAGAGUCUGUCGCAGCCUGUGGCAAGAAGCCGCAGGAGAGGAAUGCAUUGCUGAUGAAAAGCAAGACCUUGUCCCUCCCACAGAACUUUGUGAAAGACAACUCUCCAGCCUCCGUCUUCUCCCCUUCCUCCACCUCCUCCUCUUCACUACCAACAAUGGCCAGAGAGAAGAAAGAAACAGUUGCUACUCUCACCAAAAGCCUCUCCAUCUCUAUAGACAGCAGACGGCUGAGUGAUACAGUACCAAUGGACGGUGAGUGCAGUGUAACAGCUUGCACAAACAGCUCAUUGUCUGACGAGGGAACACCGAUCACAGCGACUCCCCCUUCAACCGACCCUCCAAUCACCUCGCAGGAUGCUGGUGACGCUCCUCUAAUGAGCGACUUGUCAGCUGACCUGUUUGGACUUGAGGUGGAGUCCUGGAGUUUUGCAGUCAGUCCGGAGUUCUGCAGGCAGCUUGACAGACGCACUAUCAAACGUCAGGAUGUCAUUUACGAGCUGAUGCAGACAGAGCUGCACCACAUCCAAACGUUGACAGUCAUGUCUGAGGUGUUCAGGAGAGGCAUGCUGGAGGAGCUGCAGCUGGACUUGGACUGUGUGGCCCGGAUCUUCCCCUGCUUGGACCCGCUCUUGCUCUUCCACAGGAACCUCUUCGGAGCGUUGCAGGAACGCAGACAAGCUGCAACCCAACCUGACAACCACAGAAAUUACCUCAUCCAUCAGAUUGGAGACAUCCUGCUUCAGCAGUUCUCAGAUGAAAAUGCUGAGAAGAUGAAGCAGGUGUACGGAGAUUUCUGCAGUCACCACACAGAGGCCGUCAAUGUCUUCAAAGAACUGCAACAGCAGAACAAGAAACUUCAAAACUUUGUCAAACAACAGAGCAAUAACUCACUGGUCAGGCGAAGAGAGGUGCCAGAAUUUAUCCUGCUAGUCACUCAGCGCAUCACCAAGUACCCAGUGCUGCUGGAGAGGAUAUUACUGUACACCCAGGAGGGAAAGGAACACGUGGACUUGUCAAGUGCUCUGGCUCAAAUACGUGACAUCAUUGCAGCAGUGGACCUGACUGUAAGUAAAUAUAAUAUGUGUCAGGAGCUGCAGGAAGUUCUGGCCCGACUGGAGAACAAGAGCUUUGCCAAGCUGAAGAAUGAGAAGGUGUUUCGCAAACAGGACCUGCACAGCAAAAACAGAAAUCUGCAGCACAAAGGGCUGGUCUACUGGAAGACUGCCACAGGACGUCUAAAAGAUAUGCUGGCUCUCCUGCUCACAGACGUUCUGGUUUUCCUGCAAGAGAAAGACCAGCGCUUCAUAUUUGCAGCUGUGGACCAGAAGCCUCCAGUAAUCCCUCUGCAGAAGCUCAUUGUCAGAGAAGUAGCCAACGAGGAGAGAGGGAUGUUCCUCAUCUCCGCCUCCUCAGUGGGACCAGAGAUGUAUGAAAUUCACACCACCACCAAAGAGGAGAGGAAUGCAUGGAUGAGACACAUACGACAAGCUGUAGAGAGGUGUCCCGAGGAAGAGGAGGAAGAGGAGCGGAGUGCUGAAUCAGAGGAGGCCAGGCGAGCAGCAGAAGUGAGAGUUCAGAAGAUCUCUAAGUUCCAAGAGACGUUGUUGGGUCACGACCAGCGCAUCUGCGACAGCCUGGAGGAGAAAUUGCAGUUGUAUGCUGAGCUCACAGAGUUAACCCUUCGCUCACCUGAACCAGUGCCACAUCGCCAUCUGCUGGUGCAAUCAGAUGCUGAUACUGAGACGCCACGAAAGGCCUCCUCACUGCUCACAGCUGCACUCAGAGAAGCGGAGAACCUGAUUACCAUUGUGCAGGCUCGUGAUGGCCUCUCUUUACAAAGUCAGAGCUCUCCUCUCCAAGGACCAGAGUGCUGUAGUUACAACAGCCAUGGAAGCAGCAUCCAGGAGUCUCCCUCUGAGCCUGAUUAUCUGAGCACGCUUAGUAUGAGCUCUACCUCCCUUGGAUCAGACAGUGAGUUGACAGGGCUGGAUGGUGUGUUGUGGAGCUCUGCUGUUGAGCUGAGAAGAGGAGACACCAAAGAAACAUUAUCAAAGGUGGCAGAGAGUGUCCAGAGUCUCACGCAGCUUCUCUACAGUCUGCAGGCUGCUGUGACCCUCCAGGACAGCUGCUUUGAGGUCCAAAAACUCCUCCUUCAGGAAGGAGAAAGACCUCAGCUCAGGACCCUCACUUCCCUCCAAAACAACCUGGAGCAGGAGAAACUAAGAAGUAUUGAGAAGAAGAAGGAGGAAGUAGAAAAAAAAAGUUUAGAGAGGAAGAAAGAAGAGGUUGAUGAGGUGCAGAAACUCUAUGUGAGGCUGAAACAAGAGCAGCAGCGCUGGGACAAAGAGUGUGUGGCCAGAGAGAGACUACAGAGUGAGCAGGAGAGUGUGCUGGAACAGCGGGAGCAACAGUGCUUCCUUGAGGCUGAGCGGCUGCGCUGCGAACGUGAGGAGCUGGAGACACAGCUGCUGGAGUAUCAGCAGAGUCUGGACAGACUAAAGGAAGGCCAGAAGAGUGUGGAGAGGGAGAAGGAGAAGAUUGAAACCCAGCAGAGGCUUCUCCAGAGCUGGAGACACAACCGCCAGAGCAGCCUGCCUGUUACGAUACCACUUGAUGGAUUCAAGGUGCCCAGCCACAGUCGCUCAGGCAGCUUGGAUGGUAAUUGUUCACUGUAUGAGAACGAGGCGGCUUUACUCACCUCCCUCCAGCAGAACCACCUCCACCAGCCCACCAACACUAACCAGCACCAGCGUCUGCUCUCCGCACCGAAGAAGAACCGUGAUGGGCCCAUGCACAGCUCCAGCUACACUGCUAACCUUGGCCUCAGUGCCAGCCUCUAUAACAGCCUCAACACUUUGCUGAGUCAAACUCAUGGCAAACCACCUUCAGAUGGUCUGACGUACCCAAACUACAGUAACAAAGACUCUGUCUGCUCCUACAACAGCAAGGUUGCUGCACAGCCACAGAGGACCAACAAGACAGAUUUCAGUCCACAGUUGGACCAGCGCUCCCUGGGACCCUGGAGGUCAGAGGUGACAGGUCAAAGACUUUACGAGGAUGACUACUCUUCCUCUCCAUCUCUUACCCCCCUUCUUCCCCCGCAGGCUUACCUCUCUCUUGAAGGACAGAAUGGGGAAGAGGGAGGCGAAGAGAACAUUGUUUAUCUCUGAGAAUCAUGAGAGACAAACGACCAAUGCAAGCUGCCUGAUGUAUAACUGGACCGACAAUAAUAUACUUGUUGCUUCUAUGUGUUUAUAUGUGUAAAUUCAUUUAAAAAAAUCUGGGUAAUCAUGUAAGGGAAUAGUUGCUGGGAGGAAGUAUACACAGAUACAGUAUAUGUGCCUUUAUCAGUGUCAUUCUCCUCUUGCCUGAUGAAACCAUCUGUGCCUUUUCCCCCUUAAACAAGCUCUUUGUAAAUCAGCUGUUAUACUUAUACUCUCAAUGUCAGUAGACCAACAUCUUAUGUAAAUCAGUGUUUUGUUUUUUUUUAGUAUCUGUUGCACUUGAAGGCAGAGGUACCUAUGUGCCCCAACCACUGGGACCUAAAGCACCAGGUAAUUGGGACAAAAGUAUUGAUAUUAUUUCCCUGUUAGCACUUAAAGCAAAUGGAAAUAUUUUAAAAGCCAAUUGAGCCGUUUCCCAAACUAUGUACAGCAUUAACAGCUUUCCUAUAGAGUGCUAUUAUUUCUCUGUGUGAUCUUUAAUAAUAUUUAUAAGGGAUUGUGAACAUUUGAAGAGAAAUAAGAUAGACUUACAUUGUAUAAAUAUUAAAUAUAUGUAUAGUUUUAUGGAAAGGCUACCUAUGCACACUACAUUGGAAGAGGAUCUUAUAAUUUUUCUCACUUAAGUGCCAAAAAUCUAUCUUUCUAUCUGAUAUUAUAAGUGAUUUCUGUAAAAAAAAAUUUAAAAAAUUGUUUUCUGUUCAUCUCCUUUUCUGAUAAGUUGAUAAUUUAUUGUGUGUAUAUUGCUUCAUGCACUGUCGACAUGAAUGAUAUUUUGUUUGAUAUGAUGUGU